AAUUACUUAUCGACGAAUGUGGUGCCUCGCACACUGUAACCAUUAGUUUGCAGCAUAAAGUCGUAUAUUACAGUCGAUUUUGCAUGUUUUGUUAAUUAUUAAAAUAAUUAUGGAAUAAUGACGUGUAAAUGAUAAGAAUAUGGACAAAUACUGCUUUAUUUAAUUGUACGAUGAUGUUUUUUGUAGGAGAAUAAAUAAUUCCGUAGAAGUUGAAUUAAGGUGUUCUUUUAGUUACAAGAAAAGUGCUUUGAAAUUCUUCCUUUUAUGGGUAAUAAGUAAUAUAAAAGGUAUUUUUUAUUUAUAGUAAAUAUGAUCAAUACAGAUAACGAAACUGGAGAAUCCCAAUAUAAUCUACAUCUUUGCCGAAACGUAGAAACAGGAGAAGAAGAAUACUUGGCCUACUGUCUCGACAAAGAAACUGGUGAAAAGCAGUACUGCAGCCUUGACAGGAUAUGUGAAAGUUUCGAAAUGCCUAACCCCUUUAAAGUAAGCAGAUACACCACGCAAUUGACUGCCAUUGUCCGCCACGAAAACUCCAAAUAUAAAAGCUCAGAAAAACGCAUGGAAUUUAUCACGGCAAUCGUGUUUCUCAUACCUACGUUUAUAAUAUUUACUCCUCUAUUAGGGUUGCUGAUUUUAUCACUAGAUAUAGUUUUGCACAGGUGGUGUCACCUGCAAAACUCCAAGAAAGGGCUUAGAAAAGACGAGGGGUUAUUUUACUAUCAAAGCCCGUUACACAUGUUAUACAAGGAGUUUUGCUCCAAAUGUUCUGCCGAAGAAGCUGGCAGGAAAAUUCAUAAAAUACAAAGUAUAAGGUAUAAUAAAAAACGAUCUACUAUGCAAGAAUCUUUGAGAAGGGUUGUAGCUUAAAUAACUAAUAAUUAAAGAUACCAUUAUGGAUUCUUAAUGCUUGUGUUUGGAAAAAUAUAAAUUAGUUUAUAAAUAAAGGAUAUUAUGAAUAAAGGUA